AAUCAUGAAAGGUGGUCUUCCUUUAUAAUACGGAACAGGAUUCAAAAAGGACACUGGUAAUUUAAUAAGACAUGGUUGUUACGUGGAUUUUGGUCCUUUCCUUGGGCCUUGCCGUGCAGGGACAAAAGUUGCCUCAUCUCGUGGGCUCAUUCGCAGCCGAUACGCCAGGGUUCACGAAUUUAUACGAACAUAGGUUUCCCAAAAACCCAAAGGAAAAAUAUAGUUUGAUUUUCAGCAGCUUUUUGCCCGUUCCAUUCGUGAGCGAUCAGAUUCUUGCUGUAAAACAUAUUGGUAAAUUCCUCGGCAAUGUUGGUGCCAUCAAGCCAGGUGUGCUCGCAGAUGAUUUGACCUGGCCACGUGAGCCAAGUCAGAUUCCAUAUGAGGUAUUUGAAAAAGAAGCCGUCUGUUCUCCAUAUGGUUUCUUGGUCCCAGGAAAGAAUGACGGUUCGAUCGAGAUCAUUGAUGUCAGUGGAGAUAAAGGAAAACAGUAUGACAUCGUCAGACAACCCGGAGUGUCUGCCAAGGACUGGUUCUUCCAUACAGUUGUCUGGAAAGAUGUUAAUGGAGAUGGUAGAAUUGAUAUUAUUACAGCUCGUGCCAGACAGGAGUUGUUCACAGGUAUCACCGAGACUGAAGUUUUAUGGCUGGAACAUCCAACAGGAAAUCCAUUCACCCAGCCAUGGAAACAACGCUCCAUUGCAAAGGAUGUCGCUGGUGUAUUCAUCCGCGAGGCCCAGUUAACCUCCAACUUCAGAACAUACAACACCAUUAUUACUCCAGGUUAUUUCACGCAGAAACUAAGCAUUUUCUGGACUGAGAACAUUCAGGAAAGAUGGGACUCACCUGCUGAUGUCAACCACAGAACAAUUGACGAGGGACUAGGUAAAUAUUUCGACGCCCAAGUGGUCGACAUGAACAAUGAUGGCAAACCUGAUGUACUUUUCACUAUCAAUGCUGCCGAAAAUGGUUCCAUUUGGAUUUUGGAGACCCCCGACGAUUUCAAGACUGGUACAUUUAUCAGACAUAAACUUGCUGAUGGUUUCGACUCAAGAAGUGGAUUGAUGGGUGGUGGUAAUCCAGGAUCCAUGAAAGCCUUCUAUCCAAACGAGAGGGAUACCUCCAAGAAGCCCUACAUCAUGAUGUCCGGUGAUGAUGGUGGUACCGCCUACAUUCUUACCCCUAAGUCUGAGAGAAAAGAUGAUUGGGAAUACGAGCUUCAUACAAUGUUGGAUGAAGGAGAAGGUGUAAUUAUCGGUAAAUUGUCCGCUGCUGACGUAGAUGGAGAUGGUUAUACGGAGAUCUUCGCUUCUUCAUACACGAAUGAAAAGGUCCAUGUAUACUCAUAUGGACCCGCUAGAAAGGGUUAAUUUUGAAGAUCAAAAUGAGGUUAAGAUGUAUUGUAGAGAUUAAAAUACACUAUAUCUAAAUUUA